AUGGAGGCGCGCUCUCGGAGGCUUGAUCAACAGGCCCGGCGGGAUGCCGAAUUGGAUCUUGGCAUCAACCAAGGAGUCGAGGAUGACGAAGAUGAUGACCUUGCGGCUUUCGACCUGCCAACCGCUCAGGAACGGGAGGUAGAACAAAAGAAGGGUGGAAUUGAGCCUCACGAAGUGCACCAUCGAAUACAGGAUUGUGUUCGAGUCCUGACGAACUUCAAGGAAUUGCGGGAUAAGACGAGAUCACGAUCAGAGUAUAUUGAACAGAUCAUAGCGGACAUCGUUCAGUAUUAUGGGUAUAAUGAGUUCUUGGCAGAGAAGCUCUUUAAUCUUUUCCCGGUAGCCGAGGCAGUCGAAUUUUUCGAAGCCAACGAAGUGCAGAGACCGGUCACGAUCCGUACAAAUACCCUUCGAACGCGACGGAGAGACUUGGCGCAAGCACUCAUCAACCGUGGCGUCAAUCUCGAACCUAUCGGUAAAUGGACCAAAGUCGGAUUACAAGUUUUCGAAAGCUCUGUUCCUAUUGGCGCAACUCCGGAAUAUCUUGCUGGUCAUUACAUGCUACAGGCGGCCUCAUCUUUUCUACCUGUAAUUGCUCUUGCUCCUGAGCCUCAUGAGCGAAUCCUUGACAUGGCUUCCGCCCCUGGAGGGAAGACUACCUAUAUCUCCGCACUCCUUCAGAAUACUGGUGUCGUCUUCGCCAACGAUUCGAAUAAGGACCGGACGAAGGGUUUAACUGCCAAUAUCCACCGAAUGGGGUGCAAAAAUGUAAUCGUUUGCUCAUAUGACGGCCGCGAAUUUCCUAAGGUAAUUGGUGGAUUCGAUCGGGUGCUCCUAGAUGCACCUUGCAGCGGGACAGGCGUCAUCAGCAAGGAUUCCAGUGUGAAGCGAAACAAGUCCGCGCAAGAUUUUCUCUUACUUCCACAACUUCAAAAGCAGCUUCUUCUGUGUGCUAUCGACAGUGUCAAUCCUAGCUCCAAGAUGGGUGGCUUUGUCGUCUAUUCGACAUGCUCUGUCACUGUGGACGAAAAUGAGGCUGUCGUCGACUAUGCCCUUCGCAAGCGUCCGAAUGCUGCACUUGUGGAGACUGGUUUGGAGUUCGGUAAACCAGGUUUUACAUCAUAUAUGGGCAAGAUCUUCGGCAACAGCAUGGGGCAUACGCGUCGGUUUUAUCCUCACGUUCACAAUAUGGAUGGAUUCUUUGUGGCCAAGUUUAAAGUGACGAAGAAAGCUAAAUCAAUGCCGAACGUAUCCGAAGAGGAGGAUGAAGUGAUGGACGCCGUAGCUGGGGAUGAUGCAACUGCGCAGGAUGAUGUUGCUUUUGACCCCGAGGAGGAUAAACCUUACAUAGAAGAGGGCAAACGGAAGAGGAUAAGAGCCAAAGGACUCCGAGUGCCUCCGAAGACAUUCACAUCACAGGCAGUGAGCUGA